UUUUUUUAUUUCGUGUUUAGUGAGAGAAUCUGUUAAAAGAACAGAAUAGAAAAGAAAAACUCUUUCUCUCUCUAAGAAAACCCUUGUGAAGAGUAGCGUCGUUUGCAAUCGACCUCCAGAACAAAAAUGGCCAACAGUAAUCUCCCUCGUAGAAUCAUCAAGGAAACUCAACGUCUUCUCAGUGAACCAGCUCCGGGAAUUAGUGCUUCACCUUCUGAGGAUAAUAUGCGAUAUUUUAAUGUCAUGAUUCUUGGCCCAACGCAAUCUCCAUAUGAAGGAGGGGUUUUCAAGCUGGAAUUAUUUCUGCCCGAAGAAUAUCCGAUGGCCGCACCAAAGGUUCGAUUUCUGACGAAAAUAUACCAUCCUAACAUUGAUAAGCUUGGAAGGAUAUGCCUUGACAUUCUGAAAGACAAAUGGAGCCCUGCUCUUCAGAUACGAACCGUACUUUUGAGUAUCCAAGCACUUCUUAGCGCCCCAAACCCCGAUGAUCCACUUUCUGAGAACAUUGCAAAGCAUUGGAAAAUGAACGAGGCAGAAGCUGUUGAGACAGCUAAGGAGUGGACCCGUUUAUACGCAAGUGGUGCAUGAUUAUGUAAACUUCCCUUCAAAUGACAUGGGAUGUAUGCUAUUGACUUGAUUUGAAUGGAAAUUUGGAAGAAAUCAUGUUUGAACAAGUUUUAAUCUAAUAUUUUUCAAAGCUUCCAGAUGCUGCGUGUUAAAUUGUUCUGUUGUUGGAAACAUGUCUUUGUGAACUUGUAUGAUCAGAUAAGAUGUGUUAUUUGUA